CCGGCCCGGCUUCCACCUGCGUUGCCUCAUUUGACUCUUUUUGGCGAACGGAACUCGGCAACCACUCCUCUCAGUUUCCAUUCACUUUCAAUUCUUCGCCUCCAAAUCUUUUCGCUCGCGAAUCCACGACUCUCUGUAGGAUCUACGCUGCCGGCCUACCAGAGCCUCGCCAUUGUCGCAAAUUUCUAUCGUGAACCAACCAAGCCAAGCAGCCUCCCCCCCUCUCCCCUUCCUUCCUCCUCUUUUCGGAACUUGCUUUCGGAGCAACAGUGUCUACCGUUCCUCUCUUUCGGAAUCAGUAGAUUCUACGGAGUGAGAGUCGUUGUACAGCAACCACAUCGCUCUUCUUGAAUUCUCCACUUUUGUUUCGUCGCGCAGGGAUGAACAACACCAAAACAGCACCUGUCACUCCCGGCGGCGGGAAUGCCAGUUCUGCCAUUCACUACAAUGAUUCGCUCGCCCCUGUCUUUACCAAUAUUUGCACACCGCCUCCAAAAGCGAAGCAGACCUCUCGUUUUUUCAUCAUAAAAAAAGCCAACCAUCUGUUGCGACCAAUCAAUGGUUCUUGGGCUGAGUUGAACCAAGUGCAACAGGCAAAGUUGGGCUUUCUCCUUAUGAUGGAACAGGAUACUUGUGCAAUGGACCACUUGCCCAAUGUUACUCCAGUAAAUAUUGCCACGACGUUCAUGGAGGCGUUGGACCCUAGCACGGACAUUGGUCGGCGACUUGAGGCCUUCGUGCGGAAGGGAGGUGAUCGUGCUGAAUUCGCAGACACAUCAAGCGCGAUCAAGAAGAAAUUCCACGAGGCGACCGGCAACGUUUGGCGUGAAAACGUUGAUUGGUCCGUGUAUUCUAUCUUUUACGACCCUGACCAUCCCAACGUGGAAGCUUUCCUUCGCUACCAGACAAUCUUCUCCACCGUUUGCUGGAUUCUGGUGGGGGCCGGCGCCAUAUUCUACUACAUGGCAAAGGUCACGGGUUCAAGCUUUGCGGAAUGUGUCAACCAGUAUGCCAUCAACUUGGGGCGUUUCAUGCGUAACAAGUUCAAGCCGAAGGAGAUAUUUGCCAAGGUGUUUUUGGCCGACGGUGGAUAUCCAAUCGAUUUUCUGGAACACAUGCUAGAUUCUUGGAAAGCACCAUCACCAGAGGAACCAAAAACAAACUUAGUGGUUCUCAACGUGAAGGACACCCCCCAAACGAUUUUUGCAAAGGUCCAAAGCCAACUCGAAACGACGGGUCCGCUCGUCAUUGCCAACUACAAGCCUUUUUCAGCUUACCGAGACCAACAGUUGGUAGAGAAUAUUUCCUUUUCUGGUGAUUGGCACGAAUUGAAGGGAGCAGGAGAUGAUACCACGUUGAUGCAUGCAGUCCUCGUGGUGGGGGUCCGUUUGACCGUCGACGGUUCCUCUGGUGGGGUGGAGUUUUGGGCCCAGGACUCCAUGCUCGGGCGUCCUUUCAUUGUCCUUGGUUGGGACUUGUUGAAGAGUAUGGGUGUCAAGAACAUGCGUCAUAUCAUGGAGGGAUCAACCUUUCUAGGCACUACCGACGGCGAGAGCGUGGACGGGUACCCCGCCUCUUUGCUAAGUGGAAGUCUCAGCGGAAGUCCAAGUCCAAGUUUGGUUGAAUCUCUUUCGAGCUGUUCAGCAAGCGAGGUGCGUGGGCCACCAGAGUGGAUGGGAUUUGAAAUUCCUGAGGGCAAGAAGGCAGAAGACUUGUCCACUUUCACCUAAACAAUGGAAAGCAACGGAAUUCAAGAAGUAUGAAUCGCAACAGAAUUCGAGGAGACGUCUGGAGAACCAACAAGUAUAGAGAAACCGCAACAAGUAUGGAGAAAGGAAGUGGCGCAUCUCAUGUGCCACUGAUUGCAUUUUUUCGACUACUUACUACGCCUUCGGAUUCAACUGGCCAAGACUGCUCGGGAAGAAAAUCCGAGGGGUUCUCAAAAAAAUCAAGGGGUUCUCUCAGAAAUCCAAGCCUGCUCUCAAUUUUUGAAUUUGGCGGCAUGCUAUUCAAUUGCAUGUUGCCGACGCUGCUACUAUCCUCUUGCUAUUCAAUUGCAUGUUGCCGACACUGCUA